UGUUUUUGUGUUGAUCAACGAAUGUUUGGACUGAAUCAUAAGCUCGUGAAUUUAUUUGCCUCUACAACUGUUUACAACAUGAAGUCAAGCUGAUAUUGGAUUUUUGGUGUCGGUAUUGAAUACUCUUUUCGCUGAGACCUUUAGAUUGUCAAGAUGGCUCAAAGCACUGCAGCACCCACGCCUGGCAUGCCUGGAGCUGGAAAUGCUACUUCGACUCUCCCGGCCACAACAACAAUCUUUAUCGAUAAUGUGACUGAUUCUAGUCCUACCGCCAACUUCACGCCAAUACCACCGAUAUUCCUCCAGACACCUGCAGCGCAGGGCAUUGCUGGAGUCUUCACGUUCGCAGCUUUAAUUGUCACAAUACAUCAGAUUUACCUACAUCUGCGUUACUACACAUGCCCAAACGAACAACGGUGGAUAGUGCGGAUUCUCUUCAUAGUUCCUAUCUACUCGUUUGACUCAUGGUUGAGCCUCAUGUUCUUCAAUAAUGACAGUUACUAUGUUUACUUCGACACGGUGAGAGAUUGUUACGAAGCAUUUGUGAUCUACAAUUUCUUAAGUCUUUGCUAUGAGUACUUGGGAGGAGAGAGUUCUAUCAUGUCCGAAAUCAGAGGAAAGCCCAUUCAGAGUGAUUGGAUGAUGUGUACUUGCUGCCUCGCUGGGAAACAAUACACCAUUGGGUUCCUCAGAUUCUGCAAACAGGCCACUCUACAAUUCUGCUUGAUCAAGCCAGUGAUGGCCAUCAUCACCCUGAUCCUGCAGGCAUUUGGUCUCUACAAGGACGGCAACUUCUCUCCCGAAAGUGGUUACCUGUACCUGAUUAUCAUCUACAACAUAUCGGUCAGCUUUGCCCUCUACGGCCUGUUCCUCUUCUACUACGCGACCAGGGAACUACUCAGCGCUUACGAUCCUGUCAUCAAGUUCUGCACCGUCAAAUCGGUCGUUUUUCUAUCAUUCUGGCAAGGUGUGCUCCUAGCUAUUUUAGAAAAAGCCGGUGCUAUCCCUGCCAUUUAUGCGGUAGGCGGUGCGAUGACAGUCGGAGUGGGUACCGUCGCUGCUGGCUACCAAAACUUCAUCAUUUGCAUCGAGAUGUUCUUCGCAUCCAUAGCGUUAAGAUUUGCCUUCCCGCACACCGUAUACUCAAUCAGCGAAACGACAACAACGGGUCGAACGGUCUCGCUGCAGAGUAUAUCCAGUAGUCUGAAGGAAACGAUGAAUCCGAAAGAUAUCAUGAAUGAUGCGAUCCACAACUUCCAUCCCCAGUACCAGCAGUACACUCAGCAGGGCUCCGACAUACCGCAAGAGGAGAUGGACUCUUACCGAGAUCAUUAUAAAGAUAUUUAUAAUGAUAUACCGGGUAGUACGGGCGGGCCACAGGACAGCCAUAAAAACGGUAACGUCUCUCGGCCAUCAGGGAUACCCAAUCGUAGCCGGUUUACGGAGAAGACCACUCUUCUUAGUUCAGAUGAUGAAUUCCAGUGAGUAGGGACUUAAAAACUGUCACAGUGACAGACUGCCCUGGUACGUAUCUAAGAUUAUCAUGUGUAGGGACCUCAUUCCUAGUGUUCUUUGGUGGCCUGUAUUACAUGGCUUUUGAACAUUUUAGUCCCUGAGUAUGAGGUCUCUCUAGUUUUCUGAGGCACAGUGUAUGUUGACAGAAACUCGAUAGAGUAAAUCUACUAGUCAUUGGACUAUACAAGAAUGCUCCCUUAAGAGCCAGAUCUGAGGGUGUAGAUUUAAAAGCCAUAUUUGGGUGGUGAUAUUGAAGUGAUUAGAGUUGGUGGCUAUUCCUGACAGU